GCCAGCCCAAGCUUGAGCGGGCAGUGGUCAGAGUGACCCCAAGAAUGUCCAGGGACUUGGUUUUCUGACCAAGGUACCCCCCAAGAGAACAGGGAAGUAGAGCGGGCUGAGGGAACCAAAUCCCAGGAUUAGAAUCUCUGGUUCAGGAGAGCCCUGGGGAGAAGAGAGGACAGUUGAACUCCUCCUCCCAAGCCCAGAUAGGGGAGGCAAGGGAUCAAAGAGAGAGAGGAAAAUAAAGGAGACAGAAACGAAGGAAGAGGUCAGGGCAACCUUGAGAGGUAGUGAGCUGACCAUCAAGGGAGGCAUUCAAAUGCGCCAAAUCCACAUUAAUAACUCAAGAUCCUUUUGGAGAAGUGAAAUCAAUGCCCAUUUCACAGAAGAGGAAAUUAAGGUUGUCAUUUGCUUUGAGCUGAAAUCAGGUUGUAGUUUUAGUGGGUGAGGAUAAAGGAGGAUUCAGAAGACACUGAUUUCUGGAUAACAAUGAGUGCCAGGGCCACACGGCCCCGAAGCCGGCGAGGGAGACACGCUCUGCCCGGUGAGCUGGACCCUGUGGCAGAGAGUUCAGAGGAGGCUGAGGCAGCCAGUGGGAGCUCUGAGCCAGGCCCUGUGGCAUCUCAAGAUAGCGCCAAGCUGGAACUGCUGGGCCCUGAGGUGGAGGCCAAAGGGCAGGGCUUGGAGAGCAGGACUGACAAAGAAGUUGAUGGGGACUCUAGCAGGGGACCAGCCCCAGCCCCUGAGGGGCGGCCCCAUGAGGAAACCCACCAGGCCCCAGAGGCAGCCCCACAGGAUGGGGAGAGCGUCCCCUCUGGACCUGAUGUAUUUCAGACUCUCCAGCAAGCGCUGAGCUCUCUGGAAGCAGCUGCUGCUGCCUGGCGCCACCGUCCCCCAAACUGUCCUGGGCCAGUGGAGGCAAAGGACAGAAGCCAGGGGGCACCAAAGCCCUGUUUGGAGCAGGAGGGGGCUGGGAGCUGCCAGCGGGAGGCAGCCAGAUUGGCUGAAAGGAAUGCCUGGCUGCGUUUGGCCCUGGGCAGCCGGGAGGAUGAGCUGAUCCGCACACAGAACUCCCUGAAGGCCUUCCAGGCUGAGAAGGAGAUGCUGCAGAGAGAGGUCCAGGAGCUGCAGGAUUCCCUGCUGAGGCUGGAGCCCUUUCCACCUCCUUCCUGUGACCAAGCAGGUGGCUCAGGUAGUGGUUCCAGCAGCUCUGGGGCUGAUGGAGAGACCUGGGGCUCACAGGAUCCCUUCUCCCGGGCUCACCCCCUGCUCCGGCGCCUGCAGAGUGAUUCCAGCACCCAGAUGCUUGGGUCUCUCCCAACCCAGCCCCUUGCUCCUGAGAUGCACAUCAUGGAAGCCCAGAUGGAGCAACUCCGAGGGAACACUGAGAAGCUCAAAUGCUUCAACCGCUUGCUGUCAGCUGUGCUUCAGGAGUACAAGGGCCGGUGUGAGGGCCUCAGCAUGCAGCUGGGUCAGCGGGAGGCUGAGGCCACUGCCCUGCGUCUGGCCUUGCAGUAUAGUGAACACUGUGAGGAGGCAUAUGGAGCCUUACUCACUCUCCGGGAGGCAGACUCAGGAGUUGGAAAAGAAGCCUUCAUGGAUGACUUGGAGGCAGCUGAGAAGGAAGCUCAGAGGCUCCUAGCCCAGGAGAAGGCUUCCAUGGAUGGAGUGACACUGCAGGAUCCAUAUCCAAGUCCCGAAGGCAGCAGUGUGGAUAGGCCCACAUCACAGGAAGUGGCUACCCAGCUCCUGGGCUAUGUUCAGCGUCUCCAGGAACGCCGUGCUCUGGUCAAGAUUCCCCCCGAACCUGGCUCCACCUGGGUGCCCAUAUCUACCGUGCCCCAUGCAGAAGCCAUGGUGCAGGCCAUUCUGGGGACCCAGCCUGGCCCAGCCCUGCCCCGGCUGGAGAAGAUGCAGAUCCAGCAGGACCUGGCGGCCACACGGGAGACUCUGGCGGACCUGAUGCUGCGGCUACAGCUGGUGCGGCGGGAAAAGCGGGCUCUGGAACUGCGGGAGGCUGCCCUCCGAGCCCAGGGCCCAGCCCAUGUGCUCCUGCUGGAGCAGCUGCGCUGGGAGCGGGCACAGCUUCGGACUGGCGGGGCCAACAGCAGUGGUGGAGACAGCAGUGGAGGUGGGAGCAGCGGAGAGGAGGAGGAGUGGUCCCAGGGUCCUCCUGUCGCCCCUGGUGGCAGCAGGGGUACUGAUGGAGGCCAAGUGAGCAAAGUGCAGGACCCAGAAGAACUGACCCAGGAACUGUCAGCAUCACUCACUCGGGCUCUGGGCCUGCGGGAGCAGCUGCAGUCUCUGCGGGAAGAGCUAGAAGAGGUGGCUCGGAAGGGACGAGCCAGACGUGCUCAGAGUACUGAGCUGAACAGUGAUUUAUGCAAAGCUCACAGCACCUUGGUCAUGGCCUUCCGAGGUGCCCACCGGAAGCAGGAAGAGCAACGGCGGAAGCUGGAGCAGCAGAUGACACUGAUGGAGGCCCGACAGGCAGAGGAGCUGGCCGUGCUAGAAGCCACCGAAAAGGCCCUGGGGAGAUCGAGACUUCCCUGCCCGCCUUCCCGGCCUGGGGAGACCUUUCUCUAGGCCCGAACCUGGCCAUGUCUGGACGUGCCAGAUACUUGUGACAGGUCACAUCAUAAACUCUUCUGGAGAGA